GAUUUUUCAGUACAUACAUACAUCCCUCAAUUCAAUCGAGGGCAGUCCGUCUUCGGUGUUAGACGCACAUUUCCAGCCGACUCUCCAGAAUGCAGCUGAUUCUCGUUGCGACCUUGCUGUCCGUGGCACUCGGCAGCUGCAGUGCCUCCAUAGCUGGACCCUUUAUCUUCUGGGGUCACUCCAGGGUAUCCGGAUUGCAGUCCCAGGCCUUGGUGGACUCAAACAGCAGGGAACUGCCGCUGACGCAACUCUUCACGGAGGCCAAGGCAAUUGUGGUCUUCGUGCGGAACUCCACCAAUCGACUGGAGGGCACCAAGUAUCCCAGGUUCCAGAAUCUCGUCAAGAGCGGUGCCUGGACCUAUCUGCCACAAAGGAGUCUCGCAGCGGAACCCUUUGGUCUAAAUGCCAACAUUGAGGUGGUGAGUCUCUCCGGACACGGAGAAGAGGAUGACUCGGAGAUUCUGUCGGCCUACAACGAAGCCUUGAACACCUACGGCCGCGGGGAGGUGCUGGGCAUCCUGGCCAGUCGCGAGGAGGAGGCCCACUUCCUGGCCAAAAGGCAGGCGGCUCCGGCUGCCGAGGAGGAGGAGAAGGAGAAAGAAAAGGAGAAGGAUAAGGAGAAGGAAAAGGAGAAACCCAAGGCAGCGGAGGGAGGAGAGGAGACCGAGGCCAGUUUCAUCUACGUGGCCGAGGGCAACAAGGCGGUGCUGAGCCUCAAUGGACCCCUGGAGCUGCGGCUGACCAACGACUCCCUGAAGCUGGAGGAGCACAUCAAGCAGAUCACCUUCGACGAUCAGCGGGCCAAGGGAUAUGGCCGACUGAGCAUCACCUUCAUGCACUCCGGGGAGAAGUGCACGCUGCGCUUCAAGUUCUCCCUGAUCCGGGGAUCCUGGACACUGAAGAAUGUGGAGGUGGAGUACCGGGAGCUGAAGAGUGUCCUGGUGGCCCGUGGUGAUGAGUACACGCUGCCCAAUGCCCCACUGGGAUUCUCCUAUCGCUGCUCGGCGGAAAAUGUGCACUUCCUGAACCCCGCUAAAAAUGAGACGAUUCAGGGUUUGAUCCUCAGUGAUUUCCAAGUGCAACCCUGGCUAAAUGGACGCCAGGAGUACGGCGAGGUCUACGAUUGCGUGGGAUUCGUUUCGGCGCCCAUCCUGGCAGGACUCUUCGUGGUGACCCUGCUCCUGGGGAUCCUGGGACUCGGAAUCUCAGCCAUGCUCAGCAUGCACACACCCAAUCGAUUUGAGAGUUCGCGCAGCAAGCAGUUGACCUUCACCAUUCAGGAGUAAGGAUCUCCGAUGACCCAAGAGAUCUCCGACAGCCAUGUUCAUCCAGAUCACCUAUGUGGCUUUCAAGCCCCUGGCUCUGUUCACCCUGGCCAUCGAGCUCUUCCUGAUCCAUCUGCUGUUCGUGUUGAUCGUGCUUUAUGUGUAUGUGCUAUGGUAUUACUGAAAGGUCGAAAUUUCGAAAUGAACGAUUUAAAAUAUAUAUCUGCAAUGAAAGCCCAA